UCCGCCAUGCAGCUGUACUUCAACAUCGUAUCCCCACCGUGCCAGAGCGUGAUGCUCUUGGCCAAAAAACUCGACAUAACACUCGACAUGAAGGAGGUGAACCCUCAUUUGGAAGAAGUGCGCGAAGAACUAAAGAAGUUCAAUCCUCAACACACAAUUCCAACGUUCAUCGACACCGAUGGCCACGUCGUCUGGGAAUCGUACGCCAUCGCCAUCUAUCUGGUGGAAAAGUACGGCAAGGACGAUUCGCUGUACCCACGCGAUCCUGCCGUGCGUUCCGUCGUCAACCAGCGGCUGUUCUUCGACAACGGGGUUAUGUUUCCGAGUGCGAUCGAUUAUGCCAACUGUUUGCUGAAGAAAAAGCAGCAACCGUCGAAGGAGAUGCUGGAAAAGCUCGAGAAGGCGCUUGGUUUGCUGGAAAACUUUGUCCAAAAGCGUGCGUUUGUCGCGGCCGAACAGCUGACGAUCGCCGAUCUUUGUGUGCUGAGCAGCAUUACGCUGCUCGGUGGUUUGAAGUACGAGCUGGAGGCCUAUCCGGCGGUGAAGGGUUGGAUCGGUCGGGUUACGAGCCAGUUCCCGGAUUACGCCGAGUUCCACCGGGAGUUGGAGGAGAAAAGUAUGGCGUACAUUAAAACGCUUUAG